AUGGCCAAGCAAACAUUGCACGUCACCUCCCCAGAUAACUUCCACGCCACCGUCGCUCAGGCUUUGGCCACCAACGACCCGGUGUUUGUCACCUUCAUCUCCAACGUCGGAGCUGACGGACAACUCUGGUGCCCAGACUGCAGAACCUCUGAGCCAAUCUUUGCUAAAGUGUUCGACAGCUUGCCAAACUACUGUUUGGUUCAGUGCUCUAUCCCAAGAGACGGAUACAAGGGUAACCCAGACCACCCAUACCGUCUUGACAAGCAGAUUCUGCUCAAGUCUAUCCCAUCUUUGGUCGCUUGGAAGAAUGACUCCCAGGUGAUGCUCCGUCCAGAGGAUGACUGCACUGUUUUGGAGAAGGUUUCUGCCUUUGUCAAUGCCAACCUUUAA